CUACUACCAUUACUGCCUGCAUUCUAACCUCAUUUCUUUUGAUAUUCAUUAUUCAUGCCAUCUCUUCUUCUUCUUCAAUCUUCACUUGGAGGAUUCUAUACUCGUAUCCCAUUUCGUUUCUCCUCCGAUGGAAGCAGAGCUCGUCUAGGAGCAAUGGCUACUGGAAGCGUUCGGGAGGUUCUUCCCCCUCCUCUGGAUUCUACCUCCUCUCCACCUCCUCUGUUCGAUGGAACGACGAGGCUGUAUAUAUCUUACACGUGCCCAUAUGCCCAGCGAGUGUGGAUUACUAGGAAUUGCAAGGGAUUGCAGGAGAAGAUACAACUGAUUCCUAUUGAUUUACAGAAUAGGCCUGCUUGGUACAAGGAGAAGGUCUACCCAGUAAAUAAGGUGCCAUCAUUGGAACAUAAUAAUGAAGUUAGAGGAGAGAGUCUCGACUUGAUUAAAUACAUAGACAGUCACUUUGGAGGACCUCCACUUUUUACUAAUGAUCCAGCGAAGAAAGUGUUUGCUGAAGAGUUACUGUCCUACACUGACACAUUCAAUAGAACUGUGAUAACUUCAUUCAAGGAAGAUAUAGGAAAAGAAGUUGAAACUGCACUUGAUUACAUAGAAACUGCUCUUUCCAAAUACAAAGAUGGGCCUUUCUUUCUUGGACAGCUCAGUUUGGUGGACAUAGCCUAUGCUCCAUUUAUUGAAAGAUUUCAGCCCUUCUUGUUGGAAGUAAAGAAGUAUGACAUCACAUCAGGAAGGCCUAAACUAGCAGCGUGGAUAGAGGAGAUGAAUAAGAUUGAUGCUUACACACAAACCCAGCGUGAUCCGCAGGAGCUCAUUGAAAUUUACAAGAAACGAUUCCUGGCCCAUCUCUGAAAAUUAUAAUGGAUUACUUCAAACAAUAUCUUGUCGAUCUUCUUGAUGUUUCAGAGUUUGUUAGCUACAUUUGUAUGUGGUGAUAUUGAUUCAGGGGCAUCUGAUCCAUCUGUCUUCACAUGGAAAAGAUACUAGAAUCAAUAACACAUGUGAUGGUUCUCCUACAUCGAUUGGUUCCUCCAUAUGUUGAACUCCUAACUUCCUUUCUGAAUCCUUCCGAGAACAGCAUAUAUGGGACUAAUUAAUUUUCAACCUUGUCACCCUUGCUCACUUGGGUGUUCAAAAACUCCAAAGUGUUAUAUGAAUUGGCAUGUUUUUACAUUAA